AUAACUCUUUUUUCUAUACUCUUUUCACAUUUUUCACUACUAUCUACUGUCAUUCCUAUUAUAACACAUCAUUUCCUUUUAAUCUUCAAAAUUACUGACUAUCUAACCUCUAAAUACACAAAGUAAAAAAGAUGAUUCAUAUCCCAUAUGUCGCCGGAGGAUCUGUCCUCUUGGGUAGUAUUUACAAUCAGUGUGCUGGUGCAUUUAUCUAUGGACCUCUCUUUGGUCAGGUCUGGCGCAAUGCCAUGUCGAAGGAUAAGGGAAAUGAUAGCUGGAUGCGUGAGAACGCAAGAAACAAUAUGACUGUAUCAUUACUCAAAGAAUUCGCAUUGAACGCUGGAAAAUCAUGGUUUGUUGGACUGCUUCUCAAUUUGACCCAAGCUAAUACAGUCUCGCAAGCAGCUCAACUCGGUGCCUUCUUGUAUUUUGGUGUUCUCGUUCCCACAGUCCUGUCCGAAUCCAUGUGGGAGAACCGUCCUUGCGAUCUUCAAAAGUUUAAGCUUCUCAGCGGAUUCAGUAGCACUGUCCUUUUGGCUUGUCUAAUGCACUGGUGGGGAACAGCUUAAAAAACAAAAAAAAAAC